AACAGCCGUUUGGCGAAGAAGCCUUGACUAUGGAUGUAAAGCUGCAAAAGGAUGAACUUGCAAGGGCAGUUACAUUUAAGCCACCAUUAUACAAACAACGCUACCAGUUUAUUAAACAGUUAGUGAGUAGUCAUAAACCUAAAAAGGUGGCAGAUUUGGGAUGUGCUGACUGCAGGCUACUCUGGUUGCUGAAAUUCUGCAAGUGCAUUGAAGUUCUUGUUGGACUAGAUAUCAGUGAAGAUGUGAUGAAGGAAAAAAUGCAUACACUUUUUCCCCUUCCUGGUGAUUAUCUCCAGCCAAGUGAAAGCCCUCUGACAAUUAUCCUCCAUCAAGGUUCAGUUGCUCACAAAGACCCUUGUAUGUUGGGCUUCGACAUGAUAACAUGUAUUGAAUUAAUAGAACACCUGGAGGCAAGAGAGUUGGAGAAAUUUCCGGAAGUGGUAUUUGGUUUUAUGAAUCCAGCCAUGGUCAUAAUUAGCACACCAAAUGCAGAAUUUAAUCCUUUGCUUCCAAUUGCAACAUUAUUCAGACACCCAGAUCAUAAAUUUGAGUGGAAUCGAGCACAAUUUCAGAACUGGGCUCAAGAUGCUGCUGCUCACUAUGAUUAUACAGUGGAGUUUACUGGAUUAGGAGCCCCACCUCCUGGAAAAGAUGUUGGAUUUUGUACACAAAUAGGUGUGUUUGUGAGAAAAAAUCUAAAGAAUAGAGAACCUGACAGACCUGAAAAAUACCAAGAACAUGUUUAUAAAACUGUUUUCAAAGCCGUAUAUCCAAGUCUUAAAGAUGAAAAGUACUUGCAGAAUGCAGUGGUCAAUGAAGUUAUUCGGACAGCACAAAUAAUUGCAAGGAGACUAUUGAACCACAGAAAAUCUGAAUUUAAAAAGCAUUGUGAGGACCAUGUUGAAAUUGAACCCAGAUUCCGGUCAUCUUGCUGUUUCCUGAGGCAUUUGGAGUAUCCUCCUUUAGUUGAAGCUGACAAUCAAAAUAUGCAGCCAUUUAUUAAUGGAAAUACUGUCUACAUACCUCUUGCAAAACUCUUUUCUUUUCCCAAAGUGAAUCAACUUUGUGGUACUUUUGAAAUACUGAGUAAGCUUAUAACUGGAAAAAUUGCAUUGAGCAAUGAUGGAUCUACUGUGAUGAUUGAUGUUGGAUAUGAAAAUGAAGAGCAGGAAACUUAGCACAGUCUUUUAAUAAUGAUACUAGUUCACUAAUUGGAAAAUGAGGAGUCCAGGGAUCAGUGCUCUGCUGCUGGUUUAAAGUAAAUUAUAACAGGUUAGAUUUGAUACUCAAUGUCACAAUCAGAUGUCAAGUCUUUGCUUUAAAAUUGGCCAUAAUUAUAGUCCCAUAUAAUUUGGUUUGACUAAGAAAUUGACUUAUGUUUGUAUAAUUCAUUAGUCUAACUGCAAAGUAAAGGAAGUGAUUAGUAAAAUCCAUUAGAAACUAGGUUUCACUACAA